UCAAACCUGAGAUUGUGAGUUCGAGUCACCAGGGAACAAAAAAGGUCGGAGCUCCCAGGGAGGGGUAAAAAAAAUAUUAUUAUUACUUGUAAACAUCUGCUUACUCUCGAUGUAUAUCUCUUUCAUUUACAUUAUCUAUAUUAAGAAACCAAGAAUGCCUUAAUUCAUAAACAAAAAAAAGUUGAAUGAUGUAUUUCCUUACCUCAUCUGUCUUACCGUUUAAAGUUAGCUGUUCAUACAAGGGAUGAAUAUUUUAUGUUAGACAUACAUGGUGCAGUCCCUGUUCUUCUUCUUCUUCCUAUAAAAUGCAGGUUUGGAGCUGAAAAUAUUUACACCAAAAAAUGGCUCAGCUUGUUGGUCCGGACGAUAUAGAGUCGUUUAGAAUGGAUCUCGCAGAGAUUGGAAGAAGCUUGAGAUCAUCAUUCAGGCACCAGUCUUCGAGUUUCAGGAGUAAUUCAGCUUUGAGUGCUUCUGAGAAAGACGAAGUUGUAGAUGAGGAGAGCAUGUUGGCCUGGGCAGCUAUUGAGAGACUGUCAACGUUUGACAGAUUGAGAUCAUCUGUCUUUGAGGAAAUCAAUGACAAUGAGACCAAUGUUAAGAAAAAAAGGGUAACUAAUGUUACAAAGCUCGGAGCCGUACAAAGGCGUGUAUUUAUUGAAAAGAUGAUUAAGCACAUUGAACACGACAAUUUUCAAUUGUUGCACAAAAUCAGAAAGAGAAUUGACAAAGUUGGUGUAGUAUUGCCUACAGUGGAAGUGAGAUAUGAAAAUUUAACCAUUGAAGCAGAAUGUGAGCUAGUUCAUGGAAAGCCUCUCCCUACUCUUUGGAAUUCUCUCAAAAGCAUGAUGAUGGACCUUGCCAGGCUUCCAGGCUUACAGUCAAAAGUGGCCAAGAUUAAAAUCAUUAAUGAUGUCAGUGGUGUAAUAAAACCUGGACGAAUGACUCUAUUGCUUGGACCUCCUGGAUGUGGAAAAACAACACUACUGAAAGCACUUUCAGGAAACCUGGACAAAUCUCUAAAGGUUUCUGGGGAGAUUUCUUACAAUGGUUAUAAAUUGGCAGAGUUUGUACCACAGAAAACUUCUGCAUAUAUAAGCCAAAACGACCUACAUUUCCCUGAAAUGACUGUUAGAGAAACACUAGAAUAUUCAUCUCGUUUUCUAGGAGUCGGAAGCAGAGCGGAUAUUAUGAGUGACUUAAGCAGAAGGGAGAAAGAAGCAGGAAUCAUUCCUGAUCCAGAUAUAGAUACUUACAUGAAGGCGAUUUCUGUUGAAGGGCAAAAGACUAACCUUCAGACGGAUUAUAUUCUGAAGAUUCUUGGACUAGAUAUUUGUGCUGACACAUUGGUUGGUGAUGCCAUGAGAAGAGGUAUAUCAGGUGGUCAAAAGAAAAGACUGACAACAGGAGAGCUGAUUGUUGGCCCCACAAAGGCAUUGUUUAUGGAUGAAAUAUCAAAUGGUUUAGAUAGCUCGACUACGUAUCAGAUUGCUGCUUGCCUUCAGCAGCUGGCACAUAUUACAGAUGCCACUAUACUUAUCUCACUUCUUCAACCAGCCCCAGAAACCUUUGAUCUGUUUGAUGAUAUAAUCCUGAUGGCCGAGGGAAAAAUACUUUACCAUGGGCCAAGAAAUUCUGCUUUAGAAUUUUUCGAAAGCUGUGGGUUCAAAUGUCCUGAAAGGAAAGGGGUGGCUGACUUCCUCCAGGAGGCUGAUUAUAUUGAAAACUGGUGGGCGCAUGAUUUAUUGGGGACCAGUCGGACGAAAUUCUUGUAAAAUGAUUGAAUAUUUUGAGGAUAUCUCUGGUGUGCCAAAAAUAAAGAAAAACUACAAUCCAGCAACAUGGAUGCUAGAGGUUGCAUCAACAUCUAGCGAAGCUGAGAUUAGCAUAGAUUUUGCUGAAGUAUAUAAGAAUUCUGCUCUACACAGAAAUAACAAAGAGCUUGUAAAGAAACUGACUUUCCCACCAGCUGGUUCAGAAGACUUGCAUUUCCCCACGCAGUUUUCACAGAAUGGUUGGGGACAAUUCAAGACUUGCUUCUGGAAGCAAUACUGGUCCUAUUGGAGGAGUCCUCCAUACAAUUUGAAGCGCUAUUUGCACAUGCUUUUUUCUUCCAUUGUUUUUGGAUUGCUCUUCUGGGAUAAGGGAACGAAACUAGAUGACCAGCAGAGUAUCUUCAGUAUAUUUGGUGCUAUGUACGCUGCAGUUAUCUUCCUUGGUAUAAGUAAUUCAUCUUCAGUUUUACCAUAUGUGACCACGGAGCGAUCAGUCCUAUACAGGGAAAGAUUUGCGGGGAUGUAUGCUUCAUGGGCUUAUGCAUUAGCACAGGUAGCAAUUGAAAUUCCAUAUCUUUUAGCUCAAGCACUUACAUUUACUGUCAUCACAUAUCCGAUGAUUGGAUAUUAUUGGUCGGCUCACAAAGUUUUUUGGUACUUCUAUUCGAUGUUCUGCGCAUUGUUGUACUUCACAUACCUGGGAAUGAUGCUUGUUUCAAUGACACCAAACUACCCAGUAGCUGCGAUUCUUCAGUCAUCCUUUUACACGAUGUUCAACCUCUUCUCUGGAUUCUUGAUGCCUAAAGCCCAAAUCCCAAAAUGGUGGAUCUGGUUCUAUUACCUAAUACCUACAUCAUGGACGUUGAAUGGGAUGCUCACUUCACAAUAUGGAGAUGUAGAUACAGAGAUUACCGUGUUUGGAGAUAAGAAAACGGUAGCAGCCUUUGUUAGGGACUAUUUUGGAUUUCACCACGACCAGUUGCCUAUUGUAGGUGUUGUUUUGAUUGCACACCCCCUAGUUUUCGCCAGUCUAUUCGCAUUUUUCAUUGGGAAGUUGAACUUCCAAAGAAGGUGAUGAUGCAACUGGUUCAUUUGUAUGUAGAAGCUUGAUAUAUGAUCCCAAUUAAGUAGCUCUGCUGCUCCUUUUGUACAUUAGACUGGUGACAAAUAAGUUUAUACUUCAUCCAUAGAGAAAAUUUACGUGAUAUGAUACGAUAUGUAAGAAAGAUCUUUUACUACGAUUUUCUGAUUUUAAUAUUAUUAAUGAUUGAGGCAAA